GCAUGCCUAGGGAAUGACAGGCAUCUCCACAGGCAGGCUGCAUCCACCUCGGCUGGGGUGUCGUCAUUGGCUGCCUAUUAGAAAAACUACAGGACAAUGCAUACCACCGAUGCCGACUGUAAACAUAGGGGAUAUGUGUUCACUUAGCAUGGACUUCUGGGAGGGGCUGAGGAAGGGCGGUCUGGAGUUUUCUUGAAUAGAGCAGUGUGUAUUGGGCUGCCUGCCUGCCUGCCCUCUCGCUGUGCUCCUGCUUAAAGAAAUCAGUCCUUCCUUUCCGACUUAGUCCCCGGGAAGAAGUUUCAGCCUACGAGAUCUUAAAGCAACCUGUGCUACUUCAUUUGAAGAGAAUUAGGUAAUCAUUGAAAAGCUUGAAGAUCAUCCAGCCGAAUUCAUAGGGAUUGGUAAUCAACCAGAGGUUCACAAGCAGACAUUUGACUGCUUACCUAUCCAGACAUUCUCUGGUCUCCCUAAACCUGAACCCACACAAUGGAUGAUUUUGAACGUCGCAGAGAACUCAGGAGGCAAAAGCGAGAAGAGAUGCGUCUGGAAGCAGAAAGAAUCGCCUACCAGCGGAAUGACGAUGACGAGGAAGAGGCCGCCAGGGAACGGCGCCGCCGCGCCCGACAGGAAAGGCUGCGGCAGAAGCAAGAGGAAGAAGCCUUGGGGCAGGUGACCGACCAGGUGGAGGUCAAUACCCAGAACAGUGUGCCUGACGAGGAGAUCAAGACAUCCACCACCAACACUCAGGUGGAGGGCGAUGAUGAGGCUGCUCUCCUGGAGCGACUGGCUCGGCGGGAGGAAAGACGCCAAAAGCGCCUCCAGGAAGCCCUGGAACGGCAGAAGGAGUUUGACCCAACAAUAACAGAUGCAAGUUUGUCGCUCUCCAGCAGAAGAAUGCAAAACAACGCAACAGACAAUGAAACGGCGGAGAAGGAAGGAAAAAGUGAAAGUCGCCAGGAAAGACAGGAGCUGGAGGAAACAGAAAUAGUCACCAAGUCCCACCAGAAGAAUGAUUGGAUGGAAGCAGAAGAGAAAAAGAAAGAAGAGAAAGAAAAGGAGGAAGAGGAAGAAGAGAAGCCAAAGCCAGGGAGCAUUGAAGAAAAUCAGGUAGAGGUGGUGGUAGAAGAGAAAACAGCAGACACCCAGCAGGAAACAGUAAUGCCCCUGAAAAAUGGGCAGAUCAGUGCAGAUGAGCCUAAGGCCGAGGAGGAGGGGGAAAGGGGCUCAGAUGAGAUUCUCCACAAUGAAAAGCUGGAAGAGGAAGCCAGGGAAAGAGCUGAGGCAGAAAGGGCCAGGUUGGAAGCAGAAGAAAGAGAAAGAAUUAAAGCUGAGCAAGACCGAAAAAUAGCAGAGGAGAAAGCAAAAAAGGAAGCAGAAGAACAAGCAGCUGCCCAAGAGAGAGAAAGACGGGAGGCAGAGGAGAGGGAUAGGAUUAAGGAGGAGGAGAGGAAGGCAGAAGAGGAAAGGAACAGGAUCAAGGAGCAGGAGAGAAAGGCAGAAGAGGAGAGGAACAGGAUCAAAGAGCAGGAGAGGAAGGCAGAAGAGGAGAGGAACAGGAUCAAGGAGCAGGAGAGGAAGGCAGAAGAGGAGAGGCAGAGGGCAAAGGCAGCGGAAGAGGAGAGAGCUAAGAUAGAAGAGCAAAAACGUAAGAAGCAACUAGAAGAGAAAAAGGGGCAAAUGCAAGAGAAAAAGAUUAAAGGGGAAAAAGUAGAGGAGAAAACAGCAGGGAAGGGGGUCAAUGAAAAGAAAGCACAAGAAGAUAAACCUCAUACAGCUGUCCCAAAGAAACAGGAAGAAGAAAGGGGGGCUAAAGUGCCUGCUAAAAGAGAAAAGUCCCAAGAAGACAAGGCUGCCUUCAAAAAAGAAGAGCUCAAAGAUGAGAAGACUAAAAAGGACAAAGAAAGCAAAGACGUUAAGAGCUUCUUGGAUGCAAAGAAGGGGUUUACAGAAGUGAAGUCUCAGAAUGGAGAAUUCAUGACCCACAAACUUAAACACACCGAGAAUACUUUCAGCCGCGCUGGCGGGAGGGUCAGCGAGGCCAAGGAGGCUGAAGGCGCCUCCCAGGUGGAAGCCGGCAAGCGGCUGGAGGAGCUGCGCCGCCGCCGCGGGGAGACGGAGAGCGAGGAGUUCGAGAAGCUCAAGCAGAAGCAGCAGGAGGCGGCCUUGGAGCUGGAGGAGCUGAAGAAGAAGAGGGAGGAGCGAAGGAAAGUCCUGGAGGAGGAGGAGCAGAGGAAGAAGCAGGAGGAAGCAGAGCGAAAAGUGAGAGAGGAGGAAGAGAAGAGAAGGCUAAAGGAAGAGAUUGAAAGGCGAAGGGCGGAAGCUGCUGAGAAACGCCAGAAGAUGCCGGAAGAUGGUUUAUCAGAGGACAAGAAGCCCUUCAAAUGCUUCACUCCUAAAGGUUCAUCUCUCAAGAUAGAAGAGCGAGCAGAAUUUUUGAAUAAGUCUGUGCAGAAAAGUGGUGUCAAGUCAGCUCAUCAAGCAGCAGUAGUCUCCAAGAUUGACAGCAGACUGGAGCAGUACACCAGUGCGAUUGAGGGAACAAAAGCUGCAAAACCUACAAAGCCAGCAGCCUCGGACCUUCCUGUUCCUGCUGAAGGUGUCCGCAACAUCAAGAGCAUGUGGGAGAAAGGCAACGUGUUCUCAUCCCCCACUGCUUCAGGCACACCAAACAAGGAAACCGCUGGCUUGAAGGUGGGGGUCUCCAGCCGCAUCAAUGAAUGGCUAACCAAAACGCCCGAGGGAAGCAAGUCGCCUGCUCCCAAGCCUUCUGAUUUGAGGCCAGGAGAUGUAUCUGGCAAGCGGAACCUCUGGGAAAAGCAAUCUGUGGACAAGGUCACUUCCCCCACUAAGGUUUGAGACAGUUCAAGAAAGAACCCAAAGUAGCCGCUCAAGAUGCUGGACCAGCUCAGUUGAAGAGGGCUAAUUUGCUCUGUUUUAUAUUUAUGUUGAUUUACUAAAUUGGGUUCAUUUCCUUUUGUUUUGUUUUUCAUUAUCCCAGUAAACCCAUGUAUAUUAUCACUAUAUUUAAUAAUCACAGUCUAGAGAUGUUCAUGGUAAAAGUACUGCCUUUGCACAGGAGCCUGUUUCUAAAGAAACCCAUGCUGUGAAAUAGAGACUUUUCUACUGAUCAUCCUAACUCUGUGUCCGAACAGUGAUACCAGCCACAUUGAAAGUCAACAAAAGAAGAUCCGAGUUGGAAAUUGCCUGAGGAAUGUGCAGUAUCCAGAAAAAUGAAACCUAGUGGUUUAAAAAAAAAAUACAGAAGUCAUGUCAUUUCUGCACUUUAGAAUAAAGCAUGGAAGAAAUUAUCUUAUAGGCAAUUAUAACACUUUGUGAAAGUAACCCACUUCAGAUUUGAGAUACUGCAAUAAUGUUUGUCUUCAAAAUAGAAAGAUGUACUGUUAAGGUAUUACUUUUUUCAUGCUGAUGAAUAUCUAAAUUGGAUUAUGAUGUUAGCUGACAGUGGUACUGAUUUCUUUAGGUUGGUUGCUUUGUGGAUUUCUUUGGUAGUGAUAGUAAACCACAUUUUAGAUGACCCUGAUCAUGUAUGUAUGUGCAUACACGUAUACAAACACACUAAUGGUAGAAAGCUUUUUUAUGUGCUAGGCUAUUAUAUUUAGCAGUAUGUCCCUGUAACUAGCCAAUAUCACUGCUUUUUAAAAACUAAAAAUCACAAUUUAUAUUAAUAUUUCAUAUUUGCCAAUAGAAACAUGGCAGAAUAGGUAUCGAUAUGUUUUCAAUGCUGGAUAACCUAUAAGAAAGAGAGAUUCAAAGUGUCAAAAUGCAUUGACAUUUUCUAUAAAACAUAUUAUUUAGUUUAUAAUUAAAAGCAGUCUUGAAGUCCAGUGGGAAUUGUACCAAAUAUACCAAACUUAAAGCUUGCUCAGAACUUCACUCUUAAGAAUCAAGUUCACAAUAGGUUGGCUUAAAUGCUAUCUGAGUUCUCUAAAACUUAAAGACAAGAAUCUUAGUGACAAAAUUGUACAGCUUGGAAUUCCAUGAAUAAGUGUACUAAGACCAACUUUGACUAAUCUCUGGAAGCAGAAAAGUAAGCAAAAGCCACUAUUUAGGAGUCAUGACCUACUUCCAUCUUUAACAUCUUUUUAAUUAAACUUUUCUACCUUUAUUAGUCAUUGGUACUUGCCAUAAGUUGAUAAUGUGCUGAGCUUUCAAAAAAAUAUAUGUAAUUUUUAUUAGUUUUACCUUUUUCUCCAAGAGUCUAUCAACUCAUCAUUUGUACACACACAAUCCGGAUAUCAGAUUUUCUUUUAGCUCAUAUGCAUUCAUCUAUUCUUCACAACAGAUUAGAGUACUCCAGUGUCUUGGCAAUAUGUUCUAGCAUAGAGCUAUACAUAUAGUGUAGUUCUAUAAACCUAUACCUCAUGACUUACCAAAGUUAUCUUAGUCUCAAUUCCUACCACAAUGAGGGAGCCUCCCAAAUGACCCUUUUCUAAUCCACAAUGUUCCCUGGGGGAGCUUGCCAGGGUAGGGCUGGCAUGAGGAGUGACUAGCGCCUUCCAGAGGCUCUUUUCCUUGUAAGUCAAUAGAGUUGUUGAGGCCUCUAGCUUUUAGCACACCUGGGCCAAAGAAAGUAAAGCCAGCAAUAUUGCACAAGUCACCCACCCAUGACAGAGUAGACAUGAGUCUAUGAUACGAUGAACUAGAAUUCACAUGCAGUGCCUGAGUUAGCACUGACUCCCACCACUGGAGUGAAAUGGAUCAAAGUUUGAAUUAUGGCCUAUGGCGAGAUAAAGUUUCUUUGUUGUACUUUUUAAUAAGAGCUUCUCCUGAUCACUGUUAUAUAUUUUUUCUAGAAAGUCUAAAGUUAAGAAGAGAAUAUAUCGAUUGAUCCUGACUUUUAUUCCAGUAUUUGGAUGGAAUAACUUUUAGGGUAGAUUUUUGUUCGGUUUGAAUUUAAUUUUUUGAAAAAGAAUUUCUUCAUUUACUUGUUUGAUUACAAUUCUCUUUGUUAUCUUUUUAAGAGAUAAACCUGCAAGGUGACUAGCAUGUUCUGUGAAUCUGCCAUUCCUAAAAAUUUUAUAAACACGAUAUUUUUCACUGAUAAUUGAUCGCUGCAAUAAAUACAUAUUGUGAAAAUGCAUCCACAAUAAAUGGAAUUCCUCCAAA